AUGCGGCAUUCUGAUUGGAGGAGCCGAACGUCAAUCAACAGCGUCCACAGGAACGCUACUGUACAUGGCCUGUCAACACUCACGACUGUACUAGCAUACAUCUACGCCGGAUUUAUAACCCCACACAGGGUUUCUGCUGCUCGUGCUUCGGAUGUCCAAGUACAAACUCUUCCUGCUGAGGCAUGGCGAGGGGGCCUGGAACAAAGAGAACCGGUUCUGCAGCUGGGUCGACCAGAAGCUGAGCGAGGAUGGGGUGAAGGAGGCCCAGGAUUGUGGCAGGCUCCUGAAGGAGCAGGGCUACAAGUUCGAUUUAGUGUUCACGUCCAUACUCAGCCGCUCCAUCCAGACGGCGUGGCUGGUGCUAGAGGCCAUGGGUCAGGAGUGGGUGCCCGUGGUCAAGUCGUGGAGACUGAACGAGCGCCACUACGGUUCACUGAUCGGCUUGAACCGAGCGGAGAUGGCUCUGCAGCACGGGGAGGAAAAGGUGAAGCUGUGGAGAAGGAGCUACGACGUCACCCCACCUCCGAUCGAUGAAUCCCACCCUUACUUCCUGGAAAUCUACAAUGACCGCAGGUACACCACUUGUGACGUGGCAAAGGAAAACCUGCCACGAGCAGAGAGCCUGAAGGAGGUGCUGGACAGGCUGCUGCCGUACUGGGACAGCACCGUGGUGCCAGAGAUAAAGAAUGGCAGGACUGUGCUCAUUUCUGCUCAUGGGAACAGCUGCAGGGCUUUGCUGAAACAUCUGGAAGGUAUAUCAGAUGUGGACAUAGCCAGCGUGACUUUACCUACAGGGAUACCUGUCCUACUUGAGCUGGAUGAAAACCUGAAGCCCGUGAAGCCUCGACAACUCUUGGGUGACCAGGCGAAGAUUCAGGCAGCUAUCAAAAAGGUGGAGGAUCAGGGAAAAGCCAAACAAACAGCAACUUGAAUGCACUAAGCUGUCCGUAAGACUUAACGUAGCUCUGUUCUGGCUGCCUAUGUGCACUUUUAUUAGGUACAGUGAAAACUUGAAAAGACUCAAAUAACCCAUUAAUUAACGCCAGUAACAAUAACAACAAUUGUUAAUAAGAUUCAAAGGAUAGGUAUAGGUCUCAUAUGUGUAUGUGUCAUAGUUGCCUGGAUACAGAGUGUGUGUCACAGGUCUGACAGGUCCGACAGGGGGAAAGAGAAAGUUCAGAGAUGUACUGUGAAUGUUUCAGCACUGUGUUGAGUUGUGUUAUGUGUAAGCAUUGAGGAAGUGUGCGGUCUGUAGGCGAUUUUUUUUUUUUUUUUUUUUUUUUUUAAGCUGCUCGUCCCUACUACUUCUGCCUGUAUGCCCUAAAGUCGUUAUUUAUUUAUUUACUUAUAGUGAAGCUGUGAAAUCUUGAAAUACAUCACCUCCAGAAAGAGAAAAAAAAUAUGCUUUUCUGUUACAUUGAUAAGCUUUAUGAAUAUUCUCAUGUGCCUUCAGUAUUAACGUAGUGCUCAGCUACUUUUUUUUUUUAAAGCUUAUUUUACGUAGAUCAUCAGUGAGGUCUUGCGGUGAUUUUAUUUAAGAAUAAAAGCACUCCACGAACAAAUCUUACCUCAUAUAAAUAAAUUGAUAGCCCAGGCUGUUCAUUCCAAGAAUGGGGUAAGUGUGAGCCACAGAAAUGCUGUAAAUAUGCAAAACCACUGAAAUCCUUGACUGUCCCUGAUGAGUCACUCGUACUUUUGAAUGGCUGAGUAAGACAGCUGAGGUUGUUUUUCUAUGAGGUUUGUACAGUAUAUUAACUCUGACAUGAAAUAGGUUGAGUUUAAAACACUGUGGCCAACAACCAUGGUCAUUUGGUAUGAACUGGUUUGCACUUUUUAAAUGCAACAGCUGUGAAUGGUAAAUACCAUUAUUUUUUGAUGCAUAUAACAAAGUUUGAUUCUAAAAUACAAGCACUAUUUUGGUUUGGGGGUUUUAAAGUCUAAAUUAUUAUCAUACAUGUGCAAUUUGAUGUUGUUUAAUGAUGCAAGUGAAAAUUGUUACAAGCCGCUCUUGAGUCUGCAUAUUAUGUCUCUUAGUAGCACUUAUUUUACUUCUUUGUAAUGUUACUACUGUGUGUGGCUCGGGCUACUUUAUUGUACUGUACUCCAACCGGCCACUUCAUUAGGUACACCUGAACAAUCCAUGGUGAUCAAAUACGAUGACACGCGGCCAUAAAUUCAACUUUUAGGAAGUUGAUAUAUAACAUAAAGUUUAUAAUAACAUUAUAAACUUUGCAAAAGUUGAAUUGAUGUCAGAGUUGUCGGAUUGGAUCACACUGGAUUGUUCAAGUGAAAUGGCCGGUCGGUGUAUGUCGUGAUGUGUCUCUUGUUUGAUGUGCAGCACUGUGCAGUAUUUCUGUCACUGCUAUUUUGUACACUGGUUUGUAAGUUUAGUUAAGAACAUGCAUCUGUGGAUAGAAGAGUAGAAAACACUGGUAUGUUUGUCAUUUUCUGCAAGAUGAUUGAAUGUCUUCCCUGCUGUUCACACCUUACCCUGUGAGAGUCUGCAUGAUUAAAAUAAAAGGGACUUUUCUUUGUCA